AUGACCGCGGGCUGCGGCGUGCUCUUCGUCGUGCUGUCGCUCUCCAGCGCGCUCCGGGCGCACGAGGAGGGCCUUGCGGCCAGAGAGAGCUGUAAGGCCGGCUUCUCCGAAGAAGGCUACACGGCCUGGGUCUCCCACAAUGUCCUAGAGGGAGAGAAGCUGCUGAAAGUCAAGUUCAGCAGCUGCCUGGGGACCAGGAGGACGCAGUAUGAGACCAACAGCGUGGACUUCAAGGUCAGGGCGGACGGGACCGUCUUCGCCACUCGGGAGCUGCGAAUCCCGUCCGAGCAGCUGGCCUUCACGGUGACGGCGUGGGACAGCCAGACCACCGAGCGCUGGGACGCCGUGGUGCGGCUGCUGGUGGCCCAGACCUCAUCCCCGCACUCCGGACACAAGGUACGGUUGGAACCGCAGGGUGGGCAGGUGCACGCCAGGCUGAGAUGCUCACCUCCCCCGGAGGACUCCCCGGCGGCUGCCCUGGACACGCUGCUGCCAUGGCCCCAGCACCACAGCACCCGCGGGCUGCGGCGACAGAAGCGGGACUGGGUCAUCCCUCCCAUCAACGUGCCGGAGAACUCGCGCGGGCCCUUCCCCCAGCAGCUGGUGAGGAUCCGGUCCGACAAGGACAACGACAUCCCCAUCCGGUACAGCAUCACGGGUGUGGGCGCCGACCAGCCCCCCAUGGAGGUCUUCAGCAUCGACUCCAUGUCCGGCCGGAUGUACGUCACGCGGCCCAUGGACCGGGAGGAGCGGGCCUCUUACCACCUGCGAGCCCACGCCGUGGACAUGAAUGGCAACAAGGUGGAGAACCCCAUCGACCUGUACAUCUACGUCAUCGACAUGAACGACAACCGCCCCGAGUUCUUCAACCAGGUCUACAACGGCUCCGUGGACGAGGGCUCCAAACCAGGCACCUACGUGAUGACAGUCACGGCCAAUGACGCCGACGACAGCACCACGGCCAACGGGAUGGUGCGGUAUCGCAUCGUGACGCAGAGCCCUCAGAGCCCUUCCCAGAACAUGUUCACCAUCAACAGUGAGACGGGGGACAUUGUGACGGUGGCGGCCGGCCUGGACCGUGAGAAAGUUCAGCAGUACACGGUCAUCAUUCAGGCCACGGACAUGGAGGGAAACCUUAACUACGGCCUCUCGAACACGGCCACGGCCAUCAUCACCGUGGCCGACGUGAACGACAACCCGCCCGAGUUCACCACGAGCACAUUCGCAGGGGAGGUCCCUGAGAACCGGGUGGAGACGGUGGUGGCGAACCUCACGGUGCUGGACCGAGACCAGCCCCACUCGGCCAGCUGGAACGCCGUCUACCGCAUCAUCAGCGGGGACCCCUCGGGGCACUUCAGCAUCCGCACGGACCCCGUCACCAACGAGGGCCUGGUCACCGUGGUCAAGGCCGUCGACUACGAGCUGAACCGGGCCUUCAUGCUGACCGUGAUGGUGUCGAACCAGGCGCCUCUGGCCAGUGGUAUCCAGAUGUCCUUCCAGUCCACGGCGGGGGUGACCAUCUCUGUCAUGGACAUCAACGAGGCGCCCUACUUCCCCUCCAACCACAAGCUGAUCCGCCUGGAGGAGGGCGUGCCCCCCGGCACCGUGCUCACCACCUUCCCCGCCGUGGACCCCGACCGCUUCAUGCAGCAGGCAGUGAGAUACUCGAAGCUGUCAGACCCGGCAAACUGGCUGCACAUCAACGCCACCAACGGGCAGAUCAGCACGGCCGCCGUGCUGGACCGCGAGUCCCUGUACAUCAGCAACAACGUCUACGAGGCCACCUUCCUGGCGGCUGACAACGGGAUCCCCCCAGCCAGCGGCACCGGGACCCUGCAGAUCUAUCUCAUCGACAUCAACGACAACGCCCCAGAGCUGCUGCCCAAGGAGGCGCAGAUCUGCGAGAAGCCCAACCUGAACGCCAUCAACAUCACGGCCGCCGACGCCGAUGCCGACCCCAACGUCGGCCCCUACGUCUUCGAGCUGCCCUUCGUCCCGGCCGCCGUGCGCAAGAACUGGACCAUCACACGCCUGAACGGUGACUACGCUCAGCUCAGCUUGCGCAUCCUGUACCUGGACGCUGGGAUGUACGACGUCCCCAUCAUCGUCACGGACUCCGGGAACCCCCCGCUGUCCAACAUGUCCAUCAUCAAGGUCAAGGUGUGCCCGUGUGACGAGAACGGGGACUGCACCGCCAUUGGUGCGGUGGCAGCGGCUGGUCUGGGCACGGGCGCCAUUGUGGCCAUCCUCCUCUGUAUCGUCACCCUGCUGACCAUGGUCCUGCUGUUCGUCGUGUGGAUGAAGCGGCGGGAGAAGGAGCGCCACGCGAAGCAGCUGCUCAUCGACCCCGAGGACGACGUGCGCGACAACAUCCUCAAGUAUGACGAGGAGGGCGGUGGCGAGGAGGACCAGGACUACGACCUCAGCCAGCUGCAGCAGCCCGAGGUCACGGAGCACGCCCUGAGCAAGGCCCCCGGCGUGCGGCGGGUGGACGAGCGGCCCGUGGGCGCCGAGCCCCAGUACCCGGCCAGGCCCGUUGUGCCCCACCCGGGGGACAUCGGAGACUUCAUCAGCGAGGGGCUCCGGGCAGCGGACAACGACCCCACUGCGCCCCCGUACGACUCCCUGCUGGUCUUCGACUACGAGGGCAGCGGCUCCACGGCGGGCUCCGUCAGCUCCCUCAACUCGUCCAGCUCCGGGGACCAGGACUACGAUUACCUCAACGACUGGGGGCCCAGGUUCAAGAAGCUGGCCGACAUGUACGGGGGCGGCGACCAGGACUAG